AUGUUCUCGUGCUGUGGGCGGGGCGGCACGGUGGGCACCAUCUCUCCCGACUUUGGGGGCCUCACCCCGUCUGCUUCAACCGUGCAUCGCUUCGGCACAAACACAUCGCCCGACAACGGUGAGGACCACAACGGCGACAGCCAUCACGACAUCAACGGCAACGAUCAUGACAUCAACGGCAACGAUGAUGGCGAGGAUGCCACACACUGCAACCAGAGCCACCAGGAACAUCAAACACGCCCUCUCAUGCAAGUGCCGUCGCGUCGCCGGACGCAGCCAGAGGCUGCAUUGGUGUCGGCACGCGUCUUCCCCGUCCGCGUGCCGCCCUCUCCCUCCGCCAUCGUCAGCACGUCCAGGGCACUGCAGGAGCUUGAAGGGCUUGCGCUGUGCGCACCCGGUGGCAACAACACAUGCACGCAGGAGGCGCACGCCCUCCGGACCGCUGUUGUGGAUGGUACAACCCGCGCCACCCUCUCCAACAACAACAGCAACGACAACCGAGCCCUGCGCAAGGUGUUUGCCGUUGUCGCGAUUGACUUGUGCAAGGUCGCCAUGGACAAGGUGCAGCUAUUGCGAGACGCCAAUUGCAGGAAACACGCAGAGCCCUUGGCGCGGCAAGCCGCUGUCAUCGUCAGUCUGGCGACACGCCCCACCCACGAUGCCGCUGCUGCUGUGCAGCCCAAACAGAUACCGCUCAUCUUGCGCGCUCUCGGCCACUCUUCAUUUGCAGCUGCCGCAAACAUGCUCAGGUUGCGCCUGCAGCGUGGACUCGGUUCUAUUUUGCUCGCCCAAAGUGUUCGUCCUGGUGACGUCCACCACUCGUCCCUCCUGAAUCUCGGCAGCCUCGCCAUGAUGCCGCCAACACCUCCACCCACACCCGGUGAUGACCAGCAGCAACAGCUGCUGCUGCGAUCGCAGAAACAACAACAACAACAACAACAACAACAACAACAACAACAACAACAACAACAACAACAACAACAACAACAACAACAACAACAGCAGCAGCAGCAGCAGCAGCAGCAGCAGCAGCAGCAGCAGGCCUCUUCCGCAGUCCGUCUACCUGCCCUGGCGUGGCUGCACACCCUCUUGAAGCAGGCUCGUGCGGUUGACGCUGCCGAGUUUUGGACUGCCAACAGGUUCGAGGACACUGUCGCGAUUUGCAGCCUCCUACAUGCGCUCGAGCACUGGGUGGACGAGGACCACUUCAAGGGCUCAGACCUUCUGCAACACCCGGCCGCGGGCCUGGCCAGUGACCCCCACCUGCACGCCUUCUUCGCCACAGAGGCCAUGCGGGAGACCACGGGCGUGCAGCGGUUCCUCAAACUGGCCAACCAAGCCAGCACCGUCGCCGCAGCCGUCAUCGCCUUCCUCAAGCAGCACCGCCACGACCACGCCCCCGUGGCCAUGCCCACCAUGCCCGCCGCCGCCGCCGCCACCGCCGCCACUGCAAGCGCGAUGGCGCUGCAGACGGGGCCAGCCAUCAUGGCAGCGCUGCGCACCAUGCUGAUACCCGUUGACUUUGGCCCAGACCUCGUCAGGCACCACAAAGGGUUUGCAGAGGGCACGCGCCAGUGGGUGUUUGGUGCAUUUGAAGAGUGGGCUAGGAGUGGUGGUGGUGGUGUACGGCCGCACGAGCGGACACAGCAGCGCGUGUUUUGGGUGAGGGGCGUGCACGGCUUUGGCAAGUCCGUCAUUGCAGCCCAGCUCAUCAAGCGGUACGGCAGUGAAAGAGAGCUCGGUGGUGGUGCUGCUGGUGAUGGUCGUGAUAUUGUUGUUGGUGGCGGUGGUGGUGGUGGUGGUUGUGGUGGUGGUGGUGUGAAGAAUGGUAUGGGUGGCACGGUGGGGGAGAGCGGUGUUGAGGCCGGAGUGAGGCGGAGUGAUGGCGAUGCCGGGUCCUCGCGUCAACAGCGACCGCUGAUUGCGGCCCACUUCUUCUGCAGACACGGUGAUGCAGCUCGCAGCGAUGCGCGCAGAGCAAUCAGCACCCUCGCCUACCGCCUCGCAUCCCAGUUGCCCGAGCUGAGACAGGUGUACAAGAUGGUGCUGCAAGAUGAGGAGCAGCGCGUCUCCUUUGCUGCACACGCCGAUGGCAGCAAGGGUGGCGUGGAGGAGGCCUUCAGCGUCGUGCUCGCUGAACCCCUCAAGGCUGCACUGCAGAAGCGACAACAGCAACAGCAACGUCAACAACCACAGCACCAGCACGAAACUGGUGAUGUCUUCAUCUUGAUUGAUGCGUUGGAUGAGCUGUGUGACGGCAGCAGCCGGGAGCAGUUUCUGCGGUUCAUCACCAGGCUGCUGCCAUCACUGCCACCGUGUGUGCGUCUUGUGGUGACGUCACGCCCGGAGGAGAACGUCCUCGCCUUCUUGACGAGUCUGAACCCGUUCACCAUCGGGAGGCAGAACGAGCGGCAGCGCGAGGACCUGCAGCUGUUUGUGCGCAGCACCGUCAUCAAGCAGAGCAGCCUGCGCAAGCUGAAACCGGCCCAGCAAGAGGAGGUGGUGAAGAUGAUUGUUGACCAAGCAGACGGCGAGUUUCUGGCGGUGCGGCUGAUCGCUCGUGCUGUGGACGAGGCAGAGGGCGACUCGACCAAGCCACUCACCGUGGAUGAUGCGCAAGGGUUCCUUGGCACCAGCGAGAGCUUCAUUGACGACACGUACACGGAGACGCUCGACCGCAUCCAAGCGCGACUCAAGGAGGCGGCGGGCGAUGACGACGGUGUGCUGGCCGCGCUGCAAGGCACCCUGCAUGACAUGUUGGCGGUGCUUGUGGCGUCGCUGCAGCCGCUGCGCGUGGAUGCCCUGCAUGAGCUGUGCGGUGGUGGCCGGGUGCAGAGCAAGGCGCUGACGAAGCGGCUGCUGAGCGCGCUGUCGCUCCUCUUCUCCAGCAGUAGCAAGCAUGACGUGGUUGAGCCGCUGCACAAGACCGUCACCGACUUUCUUACGGACAAGACGCGGGCUGGCCCUCACUUUGUGGACGUGCGGGGAGGCCACGCCAUCCUCGCUCGCGCGUCCCUGCGUGUGCUGCAGGAACGAGGAUUGCUGACAGGUGGUGGUGACGACGACAGCGCUCGUCUGGCUGUGCGAGCGCCGGUGGUGGUGUAUGCUUUGGAGUUUGGACACCUGCACAUGGCGGAGUGUGCAGCAGCGGCGGCGGGCGUGAAUGAUUGUAGCCAGACCAACACCCUGUGCUUGCAGACCGUACAGGCGUGGGAGCGCUGCUUUUUGCAACCCCGACAGAGGCCAUUGCCCUGGGCGGAAUCCGGCCAUCUCUCUUACCGGGUGCAGCCAUCCACACAUGCAGCCACGAACGCCUUUGCGCGAUGGCUCUUGUUGCAAACACAUACCCUGAAGCGCACGCGCCCACUGAUGGCAGAAUUGGCGCAGGUGGCAACUACGAGUGCUGCUGCUGCCACUACUUUGACUGCGACGACUGCUUCCGCUGCUAAGGCUGUGACGACUGCCACCGCUGCUAAGACUGUGACGGCUGCUUCCGCUGCUAAAACUGUGACGACUGCCACCACUGCUAAGACUGUGACGACUGCCACCACUGCUACCACCAGCCACGACAGUCACGACAGUCGACAUGGGCACUUGUUUGAGCGGUUGUCUGCUCUCAUGAGCCAUGCGCAGAUGCUGCUGGGCUUGUUUUGGGCGCCAGCGAAGGAGCUUGAGCAGGCGAUUGCAGACUUCAAUGUACACGUGCCGUUGUCGUCGUGCCUGCAUGCAUCGCCAGCGCAGCGGUGUCUGUGGAGGGCGAGCGGCUGUGUGGAGCAGCUCGCCUGCAUUCCGCCCGUUGUGCUCCCAAACCUCCGUCGCGGGUAUCACGGUGGGGCGCAUGAGCGCUCAGUGCACAGCAUCGCCUUCAGCCAGGAGGGAGCGCGGCUGGUGUCUGCCAGUGAUGACCAGCGCGUGUGCGUCUGGAACGCACAGACGGGGGAGCUUGUUGCCGAGUGCCUUGGCCACGAGGGGCGCGUGUCUGCAAUUGCGGUGUUUGCGAAUGGGACGCGUGUCGCCUCCUCGAGCAACGACGCCACGGUGCGCGUGUGGGAUGCGGCCAGCGGGCAGCAGGUGUGCCAGUGCAACGGCCACAACGGAUGGGUCAUCUGCCUCGCCGCCAGCGCAGACGGCACGCGCAUUGCCUCCGGCGGCAACGACACGAACGUGCUCGUGUGCGACGCGCAGACGGGCAAGGUCACGGCCACGUGCAGCGGGCACACGCGCACCGUGUGGAAGGUCGAGUUUAGUGUGGACGGCAGGCGCAUCGCCUCGGCUUCCAGCGACACCACUGUGCGGGUGUGGGACGCGGUGACGGGGCACGAGGUUGCGCAGUGCCUUGGUCACUCGCGCAUGGUGUGGGAGGUGGCGUUCAGCCCUUGCGGUGACCGGCUGGUUUCUGCGAGUCGCGACAAGACAGUACGCAUCUGGGACGCCCACAACGGGCGCCAGCUUUCCAAGUGCACAGGCCACAAGAGCAACGUCAACGUCCUGGCCAUGAGCCCCGACGGCACGCGCGUCGUGUCUGGCGGUAUCGACACCACUGUUCGCGUGUGGAACAUGCAGACGGGUGCGCAGAUGUGUGAGUGCACCGGCCACACGGGCAGCGUUGAUGCCUUGGCCGUCAGCACGGAUGGCAGGCGCGUCAUCUCAGGCAGCUACGACACCACCGUUCGCGUGUGGGACAUCAACACGGGCCAGCAGCUUCGCCAACUCGACGGGCACAUGUCGCGGGUGCUCGCUGUCGCUGCCAGCCCCUCUGGUACACGUGUUGCGUCCGGCAGCCAAGACACGACGCUGCGCGUGUGGGACGAGGCAAGCGGUUGCCAAGUUGCAGAGUGCGACCGCCCCGCCAUUCCCGCCACAGCCGUCGCCCUUGCCCUUGAUGGCUCGCGCAUCGUGUCCGGCAGAAGGGAUGGACGCGUGUGCAUCUACGACACGCUGAGCGGGAAACGGGUGGGCACAUGCACUGCUGGUCAGGAGAGCGCUGUGACAAGCGUGGCGCUGCACUGGCCGUACCUUGUCUCUGCCAGCGAGGACGCAACCGUUCGCACAUGGGAUGCAGAGACGUGGGAAGAACGCGCACGCUGCGUGGGCCACGCCGCUGCCGUGCGUGCUGUCGUUGUGAACGGCGAUGGCACCCUCAUUGUCUCUGCAAGCGAAGACGCCACCAUUCGCGUGUGGUCCCUGCUUGACGGGCAGCUGCUCUCCACACUACAUGGCCAUGAUGGCCCCGUCAUUUCUGUUGCGCUGAGCGUCGAUGACCAGGUCAUCGCGUCAGGUGGCACAGACUGCACCCUACGCCUCUGGAACGCGCGCACCGGCCAGCACCUGCAGCGGCUCGAGGCCCACCCGGCGCCAGUCAUGUGCGUGGCGUUCUGCGCAGGUGCGAACCGGCUUGUCUCCGGCUGCGAGGACGGGAUUGUUCGCGUGUGGGCGAAUUCAGACGGCGAUGCCAUUACACCAAGCACCGCAGCGUGCUUGCACAACGCGCAGUGCCUCGGCGGCCACGAAGGCGGCGUCACCGCUCUCGCCGCUUGUGGUGGUGGUGGUGGUGGUACUGGUGAGGAUGGGGUGUAUGUUGUGAGCACGGGGGACGAUGGCACUGCUCGGGUGUGGAACGUGUUGACAGGCGAGCAGGCUGGCGUGUGCCGGGGACACGAUGGGCGAGUGUCAUCGGUUGCCACGCGAGGGCGAGCCAAGGACGGCGUGUGCAUGGUGGUGACCGGUGGCGAGGGGGACGCCAGCGUGCGUGUGUGGAGGUGGUAAAGUGCGUGUGUGUGUUGGGGGGGAUGUUCUGUGUGUGUUUGUGGGGGGGGGGGUUGUGUGUGUAGUCACAA